CGGCGGGGCCCGGGGGGCGCCCAAGAUGGCGGCGGGCGGCGCGGAGGGCGGCUCGGGCCCCGGCGCCACCAUGGGGGACUGCGCGGAGAUCAAGUCGCAGUUCCGCACCCGGGAGGGCUUCUACAAGCUGCUCCCCGGCGACGGCGCCGCCCGCAGGCCGGGGCCCGCUUCCGCCCAGACCCCGGCGCCGCCGCAGCCCCCGCAGCCCCCGCCCGGCCCGGCCUCCGCCUCGGGCCCCGGCGCCGCCGCCGGCCCCGCGUCUUCCCCGCCGCCCGCAGGCCCGGGGCCUGGGCCCGCGCUGCCCGCCGUGCGCCUCAGCCUGGUGCGCCUCGGGGAGCCCGACGGGCCCGGGGAGCCGCCCGCCACGCCCGCGGGGCUGGGCGCCGGCGGGGACCGCGUCUGCUUCAACUUGGGCCGCGAGCUCUAUUUCUACCCGGGCUGCUGCCGCCGCGGGAGCCAGCGGUCCAUUGACCUCAACAAGCCCAUCGACAAGCGGAUCUACAAGGGCACCCAGCCUACCUGCCAUGACUUCAACCAGUUCACUGCUGCCACGGAGACCAUCUCCCUGCUGGUGGGCUUCUCGGCUGGCCAGGUGCAGUACCUGGACCUCAUCAAGAAGGACACCAGCAAGCUCUUCAAUGAGGAGCGCCUGAUUGACAAGACGAAAGUGACCUAUCUGAAGUGGCUGCCGGAGUCAGAGAACCUGUUCCUGGCUUCUCACGCCAGCGGCCACCUGUACCUGUACAACGUGAGCCACCCCUGCGCCUCGGCGCCGCCCCAGUACAGCCUGCUGAAGCAGGGCGAGGGCUUCGCCGUCUACGCGGCCAAGAGCAAGGCCCCCCGCAACCCGCUGGCCAAGUGGGCGGUGGGUGAGGGGCCCCUCAACGAGUUCGCCUUCUCCCCCGACGGCCGCCACCUGGCCUGUGUCAGCCAGGACGGCUGCCUGCGCGUCUUCCACUUCGACUCCAUGCUCCUGCGGGGACUCAUGAAGAGCUACUUUGGGGGCCUGCUGUGCGUCUGCUGGAGCCCCGACGGCCGCUACGUGGUGACGGGAGGCGAGGACGACCUGGUCACCGUGUGGUCCUUCACCGAGGGCCGCGUGGUGGCUCGGGGCCACGGCCACAAGUCGUGGGUCAACGCCGUGGCCUUUGACCCCUACACCACGCGGGCCGAGGAGCCAGCAUCGGCCAGCAGGGACGGCGACAACGGAGACACGGGGGACCGGAGUGGCGAGGAUGAUGAUGAGGAUCCCGAGGCCGGGCCUGGCGGUGGUGGUGGCAGCGGGGCGCCAUUGUCCCCGCUGCCCAGGGCUGGCUCGGUCACCUACCGCUUCGGCUCGGCCGGCCAGGACACGCAGUUCUGCCUGUGGGACCUCACGGAAGACGUGCUGUCCCCGCACCCACCCCUGGCCCGGGCCCGCACCCUCCCGGGCACACCGGGUGCCACGCCGCCAGGCCCAGGCCCUCUGCCCCGCUCCCUGUCCCGCUCCAACAGCCUGCCGCACCCUGCGGGCGGCGGCGGAGGCAAGGCCGGAGCCCCAGGGGCGGCGGCGGCCACGGCGGAGGCCGGGGCACCGUUCAGCAUCGGCCGCUUCGCCACCCUCACGCUGCAGGAGCGGCGGGAGCGCGGCGGCGCCGACAAGGAGCACAAGCGCUACCACAGCCUGGGCAACAUCAGCCGCGGUGGCUCGGGUGGCGGCGGCGGCGACAAGCCCAGUGGCCCGGCCCCCCGCAGCCGCCUGGAUCCUGCCAAGGUGCUGGGCACUGCGCUCUGCCCUCGCAUCCACGAGGUGCCGCUGCUCGAGCCACUGGUGUGCAAGAAGAUCGCCCAGGAGCGGCUCACGGUCCUGCUGUUCCUGGAGGACUGCAUCAUCACCGCCUGCCAGGAGGGCCUCAUCUGCACCUGGGCCCGGCCCGGCAGGGCGUUCACAGACCAGGAGGCCGAGGCCCAGGCAGGGGAAGGAAGUUGGCCCAGGUCACCCAGCGAGUCAGUGGUAGAGGGGAUCUCCUCCCAGCCAGGCAACUCCCCAAGUGGCACUGUGGUGUGAAGCUGUGGAUGCCGGGGGUCCCCACCCCAUACCCCCAUCCUCCUAGCCGUGACCCUCCCCGCUGGCCUCACGGAUCAACGUAUUAACAAGACUAACCAUGAGCGAAGGACUGCUCCAAGCCCCGGCCCUGCACACCCCUGGGGUCCCCCAGGCGGGCCCAGUGUGGGGAGAGUGGCCUGUGUGGCCUCUUCCUCGUCCCCACCCACUGCCAAGUGCAAUGACCCCCCUGGUCUGAAAUGUCAGUGUUGUCCACAGCCCUGUCCCCAGCAUGCGACAGGACCCUCGCGGGAGAGUCCUCGCCCGCCGGAGCCCCAGCCCCGCAGCGGAGGGCUGCCCCCUCCCCUUGCUGUUGUCUGUGCUUCUGAAGAGUGUUAAAUCUGGGGGGUUCCCCCUCCCCCGGGCCCUCCCUGUCCCCCAGGACUCUUAUUUAUACUAAAGUUCCCUGUUUGCA